AUGGAGGGAAACAUUCGUGAUUGCGCCGACCAUUCCCAGUCCAGCCUGUCGCUGUCUCGGCAUGGAGUGCCUCAGAAUGAGGACCCAAGGCGCAGGCUACUACUGAUCUAUAUCCAUGGCUUUAUGGGCUCAGAGGCUAGCUUUCAUGACCUCCCUGCACAUGUGCAUGAUAUGUUGACCGCUUCUCUGGCUGAGUCUCAUGUGGUUUACACCCGCAUGUACCCUCGAUACAAGUCUCAAGGUGAGAUUCAAACAGCAGUACAGCAUUUUAGCGCCUGGAUAUCACCGCAUGAGGCGGAUGACCUAGAUGUUAUCCUGUUGGGACACAGUCUCGGUGGAAUUCUCGCCGCGGAUGUCGCACGUCUAGAAGUGAAUGGGCAACCGAAGCAUCGCAUCCUAGGAGUUGUAGGUUUUGACGUUCCCUUCCUCGGGAUACAUCCACGUGUGGUUCCCACUGGAACCAGCGGCUCGAUGCCCAAGAAAGGACCAGCAGCCGAAGACAAAUUGGCUGGAGCACAAGAAUCAUUAGGCCUGGAAACGCCUUUUAAACCCGCAUCGUCAAAUCCCAACUUUGAUCCUCCAUUUAUGAAUGAUGUACGAUUGGUUGACCGUGGUUUCUUCAAAGGGAUCAUGCACUUUGUCAACAAGAAUGAGAACAACCUCACACGAUCAAUCAUUGACCGGGUUGUGUCGCCUUUGAAAUUCGCGGGCUGCGUUAAUAAUUACUCUGAGCUUCGUCGUCGAUACCGACACCUUAUGGACCUGGAGGCUGCCGAGUCUAGUCCUAUGAGGGUACGUUUUGUCAAUUAUUACACUGCGAGUACUGGCCGCCCGAAGAAGGAAAAGAAACAAAAGCCUCCAAAGCCUCCAAAGCCUCCCAAGGCUCCUAAGGAACCCAAAGAAAAGAAAAAGUCCAAGAAGUCGAAAACUUCCAAAGAAGCCGGAGAUAUCAACCACCUCGAAGAUCCCACUGUGGAUGCCGAAGAUAGCGGUCACAUUAAGAAUACAACGGAACCUCCGUCGCAGGAAUCAGAGAUGUCAAGCGACUCCCCCAAAGAUAAUCACCUACCGGCCUUGGACGAACUAUCACUCCAAGAACAACCCCUCGAGCCAACCUUAUCUCAUUCUUCUUUGGAAACCGAAAAGGCCAAUGAUGAGAAAUUUCCACGAGUAGAUGAGAUAAGUAUCACCUCCUCCGUCUCAAGCGACCAUAAAGACACACAAUCCAUCUCCGAAAGUGUCUCAAUCACAGAAAGUGCCUCCUUCGCACCUUCGGAGUCUUCAGAUCCCUCUAAGCAGCAACUUCGCAAGUUCAUCCUGCUACCCUCACAUCACUGGAAAUACAAUGAUAAUUCGCAAUGGGUGCCGAUAUUAAUGGAGAACAUGGACGAAGUCGAAGCGCAUCAGUCCAUGUUUAUCCCACAGGGUGCAAAUUAUGACCACCUCGUUGGAGAAAGUAUUGCACUGAUCGAGCAGUGGAUCGAGAAUGAUCUCAGUCGACGACUACUGCAGGAGGGUCUCGACUAG